AUGUCGAAUUCAGACGAUGAAGACUCCUCAAAGUCCAUGUAUAAUUUUAUUAUUGGUGGUUGGACAAAUUUAAAAUCAGCUAUUCAAAGACGGAAUGACGAUUCACUUACACCGGGUAGCCAGCAAAGCGUCCUUUACGACACUCCUGACGUUUGUAAAUGCGAUGAAUACCGACCAUUCUGGAUCAGUGCUAUACACGGAGUUAUAAUGAUGGGAAAAGGACUUAUCGUUGGUAGAAAUGUUAUAGCUGAGUUGACCGACCCAAAUCCUUUUACAGUGAGAAGCAUUGGAAUAUACACAAAUUGGGAAAAUUUAGGAGAAUGGAAGGUACAGAUAGAAGUUACACUGCCACAUCCAGUCCGAGUGGGAUAA